AUUAUUACAACCAACUUAUGUGGGAUUUACUCAUGAUGGAACAGACAUACCAAGUAACUCUUCUCAAGUGUUUGCGAGUCCUUUGGAUGUAUGCACAAUAUACAGUGAAUUCUGCUGUCACGCUCUUUUCCCAUUUGUUUCCAAUUAGAACCUCAAUUGUAAUCGGAUAAAUGCAUGUGUAUCCUGAGAAACUAUUUUAAUUCCUCUUUGCUUGCACUUACUCACUUAAAACAUUUUGUUCUGAAGAGACAUUAUUUAUUAUUAUUAUGCCCUGAGACUAGAGACCCAAGUACUCCUUACUGCCCCCACACAUUACAGCUGUUCAGAGCAGACAUUACAAUAUGUGCUGUCUGUGUGCAUGCCCCACACUUUCAAUAGCAAACUCCAGUAUUUCUUUCUCAUUUUGACAUUAGUGCUUUUUUUAUUUAGACUGUAAAUUAAACCUCUCUACAAAAAUUACUUGUACAAAAAUUUGUACAGAAAAUUAAGAAUAACUUGCACUAUGAAAAGAUUUUUGAGUUAUUCUUUGUGUUUAAUAUUGGUAGAGUAAUUUCAACAAAAGAUCCCCAUGUAUGAUCUGACCAGUGUUUUAAAGGGAUGUCAAGUAUGAAUGUGGUGGAAGUGUGAUACUAGCUGGGAAUGGUGGCUAAAAUUGAAUAGGCGUGGUUUUUGGGGGUCAGACUGGUAAACUAUGAAAUAUGAAAGGAGAUAAAAAAGAAAAACUGCCUUCUGCCAACAAUGACUAGGAAAGAGACUGGCUGGAGGUGUUUAUAAACUCCUGGGGAGCCUUUGCUCACAGUAAGAUGGCUUUUCAUCCUCAAGGCUUGCCAGCCAGUGGAGAAGCAGAAGGCGGAGGGGAAGGGGGGAGCAAGAGUAACGGGGAGAGAGAGAGAGUCAGAGAGAGAAUUAUUCUUGAUCUCUUGUCACUAGUUCACUUGCUUGUUUAAACAUGUUGCUGCCUCUCUUACUCAACAGAGAGAGAGAACGAUGGAGUGUAAGGGCUGAUUUUGGGCAUAUCAGUUAGUUCCUGCCAUCUGCUAGAAUCAUUCUGGAGUGCUUCACACUUUGUCAUUUCUCCUGUACUGGGGGACAAGUCUCUUUUUCCUUUGUAAAAUUCAUCUAAGCGCUGGACGGAGAGGGAGGGUAGAGGGCAAUGAGAGGCAGAAGCGGCUCAGAGUCAGAAGGCUUGCAGACGGUGGGAAUCGUAUGUCUGGUGUGUAUGUUUCUGAAGCUCCUGCACAUUCUGGGGCUCAUUGACCUCACAGAUGAAGAUAGCAGCGACAGUGACCUGGAGCUUUCUACUGUGCGGCACCAACCAGAGGGCCUUGAUCAGUUGCAGGCACAAACCAAGUUCACAAAAAAAGAGCUUCAAUCACUCUAUCGCGGUUUCAAAAAUGAGUGCCCUAGUGGACUUGUGGACGAGGAGACGUUCAAAACCAUUUAUUCCCAGUUUUUUCCACAGGGAGAUGCAACCACCUACGCACACUUUCUGUUUAAUGCAUUUGACAUCGACAGGAAUGGAUCAAUCCGAUUCGAGGACUUUGUUAUUGGUCUGUCAGUGCUACUUCGAGGAACAGUCAAUGAAAAGUUAAACUGGGCUUUCAACCUCUAUGAUAUUAACAAAGAUGGCUACAUUACCAAGGAGGAGAUGCUUGCAAUUAUGAAGUCCAUCUACGAUAUGAUGGGACGCUACACAUAUCCAAUUGUAAGGGACGACGCCCCAUUUGAGCAUGUGGAGAAGUUUUUUCAGAAAAUGGACAGAAAUCGGGAUGGAGUGGUGACAAUUGAUGAGUUCAUAGAAACUUGCCAAAAGGAUGAAAAUAUCAUGAACUCUAUGCAGCUGUUUGAGAAUGUGAUCUAGAGCAACUGCACCAAACCAACAUCAAUGCCUGUCUUCUCCAUCGUCUUUUGUCACAAACAGACUGAACAUUUUCUAUAAAUAUUCACUGUACUACCCACAGAAAUGAAACCAUAACUCUUACUGAUACCACCAUCAUCAUCGUUGUCACUGAGAGAGCUGGGUACUCUGUAAAUCAUAAAUAUGUGCUUUCAAACGAUUUUCAGCCUUCAUCCCAAGACACCAAAUUUCCGAAACUUUGCCAACCUCAGCCUCCCAGCCAAAUCAGAAGAAAGCAACUUAACCUACGAGGAAAUUGUAGUUUUGCUGCUAAAUGCACACGAGCACAAUUUACUGAUAAACAAUCAUGAUAGAUGACGUAUGGGGGCCAAACUCAAAGUAGAGCUGGGUGGCUACUCCCUGGAGAUUGAAUAGCACAAUUUCAAGUUGCCAAGCACUUUUGGAUAUUGGUACGAAGGUUCUUGGAGUAUUCCCAUCCAAGCACAAAUGUUUAAGGUUGUUUUUUUUUUUUUUUUUUUUUUAAUACUUGAUGUUUUGCAUGUUUUCAUUGGGGAUGGGAUUUAGGGUAGGAGUGAUGAUUUUUUAGUGUUCUCUGCUGUAUUUCCCACAUUGCAGCCUGGCACUUAGUCCACUGAGCACCUUGAAAUAAGCUUCGUAUGUCAAAGCGAUGUAGCCCUUGAACUGCUCGGGCCCUGUUCUUCCUGCACUGUAGCCUCAGGCAUCUCCAAGCAGCACAGCUCUUUGGGGAUAAACAGAUCCCAUCCAGUGAAUGAUAAAUCAUUCUGUUUGCAUUUAUAUACUUCAUUACUAGAGCCUAUAGAAUGGUUUGCGGUCACUGGGCCGGUAUUACACGGGUGGCAGCCAUUGCUCUGUAGUUAAUAUUUAUUUUUUGACUGAUGCUGCAAACUCUGCAAAAUAUGCUUGUGCAUGGGUCAAUCUGGCAUGGAGGUAGCUGGGGUGGCACUGAUCUGAGAACCACACUACUGCAUGGUAACACUCAUUUUCAGCAUUUGAAUAAUCGGAAGAAUCAGCCUUAUCACUUCAGGUGAAGUCAUCUCUUAGUUAACCCUUUGUGCAAGAAUAACAUCAUUAUCCAGGGCAACUUGCUGACUGUCAUUCUGUCUCCAUCUCUAUGCAGACAGAUUUGUCAUAAAGCUGCAUUUGAGUCUAUACAUUAAAAGUUUCAUAAACAUCAUGCAAGUUAGGGUUUACAAAUCUAUGCACACUUGAUGAAAAAAUCUGUAAACUCAAAAGAAAACUUUUCUUGGGAAGGUAUUUUGCUUUUUAGUUGGGUGUGGCUGUACACAGAAAUUUCAUAACAAAUGCUAAUGAUUUUGUUUAUAAAAAACCCACAGAAAUAUCAGAUAGUAAAAUUUUCACCUCAUUGAUCAAUGAAUUUAUCCCAUUAAAUACCAAGUGUGAAUGACUUUCUGCUCCUAAGACCUCUUAGUCUCCUAAUGUACAAUUGAAAAUAACUCAAAGUGAUAAUCAGAAUUCACACAACUGUCAUAGACUUUUACAUGUCUGAAUCCAAAUGAAAUUAUAAAUAGGCCGGUAUAAAAGAUACCAAAAACUGCUAUUUUGUAAAGCAACUUUUAGUCCAAGAUGGUUAAACACAGAACUAUAGUACAAAUGAAAUAUGAUUAAUACAUUUGUUAGAAUUGUAUCACAUGCAAGUUAAGUAACUCUCUCAGGAUCAUUCCAUAAGUCAGACGCAAGGAAUGCCCCAGAAGGCUCUAUGUUUCAUGUCCUACUUCUUAACAACAUAAAAAAGACACUUACUUAAAAGGCUUCAUGUUAAAAUUAUUCCCAAAGAAGUAAGCUGAAAUGGAACGAUAAUAUAAUUAGAUAUUAGCACACAAACAAUUUUACUGAGUACAUUGCUGUCUCACACUAACUGGGAAUGGAAUUGAGCUCGGCCCCUGGGGCUGUGAAGGAGCAGCACUAACCACUGUGCCACCUAAGGCAAUAUUAUGAAUGCUUUCAACAAAACAGAUAUUUAGACUUUCAUGAAAAAUUGCAGGAAUUUUAUUUUUUUAACCUUUAAAAAUGUAUCACUAGCAAUCACAUCUUAUAAGUUGGGGUUAGAGUCAAUGUUCCCUCUAAGCUGAGUGCGUGAGCGAUCGCUCACACGAAUUCAGAGUGUCGCUCAUACUUCCCGCACAAUCGCUCAUUCCGACGGCGUCGCUCAUACUUAUCGCACGAUCGCUCACUCCGACCGUCGGAGUUGGUGCUCAUAAAUUUUUGGCUUAAACAAAAUGUCGCUCAUAAACAAUGUUUUUUGCUCACUAUAUGCUACUCCUUAGAGGGAACAUUGGUUAGAGUUACUGUCUAGAUCAGUGGUUUUCACCCCUUUUGAGAAGUGGAUCGUUUUUAAAUUUAGUAACUUUUUAUGGAUUGGAGACAGGCUUUGAGUGACUUAUUUUGUUGACAUUCGAUCAAAGGUCCUUCCCCUUUGGAGUUUCUCAGUCUUUUUAAAAAACACAUAGGAGUGAGUUGCUUCCAGAUUUAAUACAGGAUGUACAGCUUUUUGUGGACCAGUAGUAGACAACAAAAGCAUUAAUAGAAUAAACACGCCUGGCAAAAUCUUCUACAGACCAGUGCCAAUCCAUGGACUGGCAGUUGGGUACCACCAGUCUAGGUCACAAAAUUCAUAUUUCCCAACAUGUUGCAAAUCUGUGUGAUAGAUAAAGAAGCUAAGCAACAAUUUUGGAAUUAUCAUGAUAUUGUUAUUAUAAAUCAGUAAGUAACAAAACCACAUAGCUGUCUCCCUUACAAGCAUUAUCCAUCCUUUGGAUGAGACGUUAAAUCAAAGUCAUGAUUGUCUGUCGUCUUUAAAGAUUCACUGCCAUCUUUCAAAGAGUAGGGAGUAUACUGAUGUCUUGGCUAAACUGCCCAUUACUGCCUUGUCCAUUCUGGUCCCCUAUUAAUUCCCUGUCUCUAACUGGUUACUGUCUCCCUCAUGUUCACCACAUAAUUACUAAUGUGUGGUCAGCAUUCCGGUGCAAAAGUGGCUGCUAUUGCAUCACACUGGUGGGUGCUACAUAUUACUGGUGAUUGAAAUGGCUUCCCCUCCCACCACUUUUGAGUACUGAGAAAAGUAUUAUAUAUGUAUAUGUUUAAUUAAUAUUAGUAUUAUUAUUUUAAUCGUAAUUGUGUCAUGUUUGCAUGGGUUUGCACCCAAACCAUCCAUAAAAGCUUACUGAUAAAUUGGUUCAUGCCCACUCAUGGACUAUCACUUUGGACAGUGUAGGUUUAUGCUAUGUUGGAACUGGGACUGUUUUUCUGUGUUUACACAAUUACAUGCAUGGAUAACAAAGCAGUAAUGGCACAAAUUCUUGCAGGUGGACUAAUAACAUCUGAACAUAUUUUAGAUAAGGUAUGUAAACUGACUUAGUUGUUAUGUAAAUAGAUUGAACUUUCAAAACAGACCUGUUUUAAAUAAUUCCCAUAUUAUCUUGACAGCUGGGAACAGGCCCAGCAGCAGGGAAAUAAAUUACAGAGGGACAUCCUAAUUUUUUGGUUACAGUGUUAGUACUCUAAGUGAAACUUUGCCUUUGCAAACAAUGCCAAAACAACUCCAAUAAUUGAACCUGUGCCACUAUGCCACCAAGAUGAGACACUGAACUUAGUUAUAACAAUAGACUGGUCAAUAGCCUAUACAUCAACAAAAAAGUAAUGUUUACAUCAACCAGUCUUUGAUAACCAAUAUAUAAUAAAAUUAAAUCCUUGUAAAAUUAGGGAAAUAAGUACAUAACAUUCAUCCAUCUUCCUAACUUGCUUAUCCAGGACAGGGUUGUGGGGCACCUGGAGCCUAUCCCAGCAAUCACAAGGUGCAAGGCAGGAGCAACAACUUGGACAGGGCCUCAGUUCAUUGCAAGGUGAAUACACACAUGUGCACACACAGACACAAAGUAGGGCCAAUUUAAAAAUGCUAAUUCACUUAACCUGCAUAUCUAUGGACUGUGAGAGGAAAUCAGAGCACCUGGUGUAUAUCCACAAGGAAUAUACCUUGAGUAUACACACUGGGAGAACAUGCAAACUCCAUAGUCUCUGUAAUUGUGUGUGAGCACCGUUACCACUAUGCCACCCCAAAGUCCAUACCAUUACAGUAAAUCUGACUAAAAGAAGUUAAACAUUAAAAUCGCACAUUCCUAACAUAUUAAACUGGACUACACUAACAAAACAAACACACACACCAAUCAUUGAUAAUAAUAUUAACCAUAGUUAAUCAUUUAUCAAUAAAAUUGUAGACUUCUUGUACUUGAAUAAAACACUUUCUUUCCACUCCAGUAGUACUAGGGUGUUGUACUGUGUUAGCCAUUAUGAAUGUAGUGAGAAGUCAAGCAAAAUGACACCUUCACAUCUUGCCUGAAGAAAGGGCCUGAGUUGCAUUGAAAGCUUGCAUACUGUAUUGUAAUCUUUUUAGUUAGCCAAUAAAAGGUGUCAUUUUGCUUGAAUUUCCACUCCAGGAAUGUAAAGAGUAAAUUCAGUCGGCCUGGUUAUAAAUGCUGUGUAACAGUUCCAGAUUUCUGACCAGGGUACUUUAUGUACGACCUAUGCACGUUCGCCCUUGUGUUAGCUAAACGGCAGCUCUACAAUAGACCAAAGCAGAUGUGCGAGUACAAGUGUUGAUUAGAUUAGAUUAUUUAUUUAUAAAAGCACAUUUAAAACAACAGAGUUUGCACCAAAGUGCUGUACAAAGAAACAUUAAAGUAAACACAAUGCAAACAAUCAUGCAGAAGCAGACUAAUAAGACAACCAAUUAUGACAUCCACCACAAUCCCAUUAUACAUAGUGAAAGGCGGAAGAAAACAAGUAGGUCUUAACCCGGCUUUUAUAAACCUCGAUAGAGGAUGAAGAUCAGAUGUAAAAAGUCAAGUCAUUCCAAAGCCUAGGAGCAACAACUAUGUAGUGCCCUGAUCCCCACUGCGACUCGAAGCGUCUGUAGUUUUCGACACCAACGAUUCUGAAUUGGAUUGAAUAGGCUGAUGAAUUAGGUCUACGUUUAAGAAUCGUGCUUCGUACAGUAUGUGUUUAGAAAAUUAGUUCUUUACUGUAGAGAAUAAACUCACACAUGUUCUGCUGUUUCAAAGAAUUUUGAAUAAUAACAACAUAGCAAACGACGGAAAAUUUGAGACUGCUGUUUCUUACACCGAUGCAAAAGCAAACCUGGAAUAUUACGUUAACCUUAAGGUCGUCGGUUAUGGGAAAUUUGGGCGAGUUGGUGCUAUCGUUCACUGUCCGUGCAAAUGCCGACUGUCAAUUUCAGAAUCAGAGUUUAGAGCAGUCUGUUACGUCUGGUUUAUUUUUGUCAUCUUUGGAUACCUGCCUUUGUGGUUCCUCUUACUCUUUUCACAGCGACUAAAAAACAGCCGUAUUAACACAGAGAAUUCAACUACAGACAGCGAUCUUACUCAAUCGCCCAUUCUCACCUUAUAAGGUGCCAGUUUCUUAGGGUUGUGCUGCCGGUUCUCACUCUGAAGCCACGCACUUUUUUCCCGCCUGGUACACGGGCAGCAGUAGCAUCAUGGGUAAAUCUGAAAACGGAGAAUACGACACCAAAGCAUUUGGAGCUGGAAUGAAGACGGUUGGUUGUCGAGUGACCAAUCAAAAUUUAUUUGGAAAUGAUCUAAAGGUUCAAAAUGGCUGGAAAAAAAACAAUGCAGAUUGGUAGUUUAUUUGCGCUUCUGUCUUUAUCGAGAGUUUGAGGUAAGGAAAAUGUACUGUAAUAUGUUUUAAAUCGGGGAGAACUUAACCAUUAUGCAAGGGUUGGCAAACGCCGAGGAACCCAAAGUAGUUCAGGGUCCCACGAUAGAAUUCAUUCAGUAACUUUUUUUUUAUUUCAAAUAUAAUUACACUUGCGAUUAUAGCUGUUAUUUUCAGUGGCCGUCUGUCAAUGUGGGGCUCCCCCGCUCAAUCCAGACUACAAUAGACUAUUCCAUGUUACUACCCCAUUACCGCGCCGUUGAAAGUGAAGCCAGGCUGAAAGAGUAAACUUACAACAUGACUAGGAAAAGAGGCUUAUAGUGUAGCAGGGUCAAUCACGUAACAGUAUGUUCUACAAAAAACAAGUUCAUGACAAGAAAAUGACAUAUAGUUACCAAGGUACAGCAGAAAAACGAAAACAAGGAGGAAAGAAAAAAAGUUGCAAAGGUAAUUUAUUUUCAAGUACAAUAGCCAAAGAAAAAAAGAGCAAUUGGAUAAUGCGUUGCCACUCUCAAGAGUAUCAAAUACCCACCACCACUGCGCCAUAUAGGCCUACUGUACUUCUGAUUGUAAGAAUGAAAGCACCACCUUGCACAAUCGGGGGUUGGCAAAGUAUGACCUAUGGCUGCUUGUAGAAGUAUCUUAAUUCUUAAUACCUCAUGUGGUGCUCUUAAAAUGAUGCUGCAGUUUGCAUGUGUAAGCGUAGUACGUUACCAAGCGGUGUCAUCCAAAGAAAGCAAGCUUUUGCCAUAGGAAUUGGGAGAGUCUGCCUAGGAAUAAUUGUCAAUGUUUUAAUCUGGUUGCUUGCCAUUCUCAUGCAUGCUUUUUAAAAAAGAAUAUUAAUUUGUGCGUGGUGAUUUUAUCAACGAUGGAUUUCGUUGGUAACGGCACCCUGAAAGCGCAACUUGGCAAUCCUCCGAAUACCGGUCCCAAAUUAUUUAACAACUCUUUUCCUAUCGAGUGGACAAUAUUUAGGAGCGGGAGCAAUAAGGUUAGUUAUAACCAGCUUACUUAUUUAAAAAUAUAGGUUGCGUGGACUGUUCGCCAGUUACUUGUCGACCUUUCAGUGGCGCAACUGCCACAAACGCAAUCUUUUCGGCAAUUAUAUGCAUUUGCUCAGCGAUAACUACAACAUUUAGUUGCUCCGUGUUGAACCGUUACCACUAAGAGACGUUGCAGCUGUUGUGCUGGAAUUAAUACAAAAUAUUGGAAAUACAUCUUGCAAUAAAUGUUUUUUCGCGGCUUUCAGUGUAGUAUUGUCCACUCGAUAGGAAAAGAGUUGUUAAAUAAUUUGGGACCGGUAUUCGGAGGAUUGCCCGCAACUUUAGGUGUCCCUGUAGCUCUGUACAUAAAUUAACAAAAAGAGCGCCGUUUUACAAAAGUAAAUGUGCGCAGGUUAAAAGCAGAUCUAUAGAAAUGGAUUAUUUCCGUACUUGCCAGACAUGGCAACUCAAAUUGCCAUCGUUCGUCAUGAAUUUGAAUUUUGAUUUCAGUACUCACGUUUUUCCAGCUCCUUUUGCUUUUAAUGUGGACAACGUGCCAAAUGUUUGGCAGCUGAAAGUAAUUGCACUCCUGGGCUACAGGGCAAAUUCAAAAUAAACUUACAGAAGUUUCUUUUCGUGAUUUCAACAGACUUUACAUUGCUUAGGAUUUUUUCCCCAAGGCUUUGCAAACAUACUGGCAUGGCAUUAUUAUGUGGCAUCACUUUCAAUCGUGUGCAGUCUUUUACCAAAUAAAAUUGCUACAGGUAGUAGAAUGUAUAGAAGCGUACUGACAGAUAAUCGUCUUUGCAGUAAAUCGUUCCAGCAUUUCAUUUGGCAGUAACCAUUUGUGCAGAAGCAAACAGAGCAGUGGCAUAAAAUUAAUGUUAAAAAUUAAUGUUUGAGCAUUGCUCUUAAUAGCUUUAAAUAAAAAGCUUUAUAAUUCAAAUCUUUUUUCAGAACUAUUUUAAAGAAAAUGUUUGAGAUUAACACAUAUGCGAGUUUGCCUGAGUUCAUAGACACACCUAGAUUUUAUAUGGACCACUGCAUUAUUAACAAUUUGUCAUACUUCCAGAAAUGUUUGUUCACCCCUGCUUUAUACUAAUAAAAACAGAAAAGUGUUAUCAGUGGAAUUUAUGAGGGCCCCAUUCCUAUUUUUACAUUAGGCUUCCAAAUCAUUAAAUCUGUCUCUGUUUUAAAUUAAUUCAGAGUAAUUAUUACAAUUUGUAUUUUGUGAGUUUAUUUAUGAAAAAUCUAAAUUUCUUUAUUAGUAAAUGUUCAAAAUACAUAAAUGUUGCACUCUAUCAUAAUAAUACCACAUGAAAACAUAAAAAUAUAAACUGAUGCAGUAAUGGUUUUUAGUGGGAGAUUUUGAAAUUUCAAAACUUUGUAGAGCAUGAUGUGUUCAAGAUAGCUAAACAAAAAUGUAAUUGUCUCCACAAGUUUUUUUUGAAGAUUAAGUGUGUCACAUUUCAGCAAAAGAUAUUUCAUGCGGACAGACAGACAUGGCAAUGGCAAUAGGUGCUUCUUCUAUUAUAUCUGAACACAACAAAAAGGCAAAUACUGCUAGGGCAGAGUAGAACUACUCAAUGCCUCCAGAGUCCUGGUUCAGUUCCAGUUCUAGUCAUGUAUGCAGUUUACAUGUCCUUCCUAUGUCUACAUAGGUUUUUCCCCAGUUGCACCAAUUCUCCUACCACAUACUGUAAAAUUGUGAGUAUGCGAUUGACUGAUGCUCCAUUUAAGGCUGAUUCCUGCCUUAUAUUCAGUACUUCAGGAUAACACCCCCAAACCAAAAAUAAAUUUAAUUAAUCCAUAAAUAAACUAUUCCAUGCUGAAAAAUAAGGUUAAACACACACCCAAAGAAAACCCUAAAAAGAAAAUGGUAUUUUUUCACCAACUUCACUGGCCAUCACAUGUAAUAUGAGAGGAUUGUGAUGCCUGAUUUCAUAUUGUAUGACAGCCUAAUUGUAAGAUGCAGAAUGUCUUCCAUGUUUGAAAUUUCAGUUUACUGUAUUGUAGUGGACACAGUCUUACAAGCUGAUUUUCUGAUGGCACCAUCAAAUUUCCCAAAAUUCAUUGUGCAGCAUCUGCAGUGUGAGUGUGCGCAUAGCUACAAUAACAAUUGCAUGUCCCAGAAGGUCAUGAAAGCAUUUCAUUACAACAUGAAAAAAAUGAACACCAUGUUUUAAAGUGACAGUACUUUAACAGGAUUUGAAUUUGACUUUUUUAUGAACAGUUAUAACAGCAGUGAAAAAUGAUUGAUAUUGCAUUUCAGUAUGUUGUAGUAUAGUGGCUGGACAUUGUACAUUGAGUAUUGCUGUUGUCAUGCUAAUUAUCAUCUUUUUGAUUUCAAAACCUAUCACAUAGCAACACACAUGCAAAUAAAUGGCCAAUGACAAAAACAUUUAUGGAAGAACCUGAAAUUAACACACAAUGGUAAAUUGCAUAGAUUAUGUACCUCCUGUUCUCUCUGUAAAAUCGCCAGACCAUAUUGUGUGCACCUUCCCAACUAUCUGCAUGUCCAGUUGUGCCUUUUUCUUUUCUUUAUAGUUUCACAGUACAGCAUGAGUCAGUAUUGCAGCUCUUUUCUUUGUUGACAUUUUGAGAACCCUGUGGCCAUACUGUUUUUUGGAAUGAGUAAAGCUUUAUUGUAGAAUGACAAUGGGUAAAACUGUCUUUUGGGGCCAUGUACACAUAUAGGCUGAGCACCCAUAUCAUAGCGUGUCAAUCCAACCGAACAUGCUCAUACAGUUGGAGCACAUACAAGAGUGGAGACUCCAUCAUGCAGUGUGAGUAGUUGCUUGAUCACACAGUGUAUGCCCAGACUUAGAGUAGUUGACAAGUGCAGAAUUAACUAAGGCAACGUUGUAGACACUAUUCUGUGCUGCUGCCUCCUAGCUCUAAAUUUAUACAUUCAAAUUUUGUGCCAGGCAGUAUCUGUUUGCAAUUUGAACUUAAUCUCUUGUGUUCAUGCGAGUUUUCCUCACAGUUUAGAUUAAUUGACAACACUUAUGAGUUGACUCAUUAUGAGUCAGUGUGUCCAGCAAUGAAGUAUUUGAGUACAGUGCCUGGUCCUUUUGGUUGAUAGGCUCUCUGUCUCCUCUAAUUCUAAACUGGAUUACACUUUGAAAACUGAAUAUUGAUGGAUUAGCAGAAUACUUGCUGCAUGUUUUAUUGAUGAAACAUAUUCAACCACCCACAUUUUUUUUAAAUAGGUCACCUUGUCUAACACACCUUUCAAAUGUAAUAAAGCUUGGAAGUGGGUGUAGCUAUGAUCUUCAUCUCAUAAACAUGCAAAAAUGUCCUCCUACUGCUGUACUGCAAUGAGACAAAAUUUGGAAACUAUGCUCAUUCUGCCUCAAAUAAUACCCAUGAGCCAGAUGUCCUCCUAGGGUUGUAAUUCGGCUUCCUGUAUCUAGUUGGAUUCUUUAGAGCAGUACACUAGCGCAGCAGAUAGGAUUAAACCUCAAUUUGAUCUACAUGCAUGUACAGGCUUUCUCUGGGGAUUUCUAGUUCUAUUUCCUCUGAAAGUGUAAAGAAAUGCAGGUUAAUUUGCCACAUAACAAUGGGUUGGUGCAGGUCAGUUUGGACUAAAAUGGAGUAAUAUUACAUAUGAGAUUGGUUCUUGCUUUGUAAAAUCUAUUGUAGGUUUCUACUGUACUUUACUGAUCAAUUAUAUUAAAAAAAAAAUAGGAUUACAGUAAACCACAAAAAGUGACUUAUAAUGUGUGACUGCAUGCUGUCAAAAUACUAAGCACAUCCUUUUAUUUUUUUAAAACUUGCUUUGCCAGUUACUUUGCCUAUUAUUGGGUUGCAGGGGACAACAGCAGACAGUUCUGUAUGGGGUAUGAGUCCAUCGCGCACAGUAUUUGCAUGCACACACUCACUCAUUCGACAUGCGUGACAGUAAGAUGUGAGAGUAAUAAUAAUAAUAAUUCUUUACAUUUAUAUAGCUCUUUUCUCACUAUUCAGAGUGCUCUCCACACAAGGAGGACCCGGGAAGCGAACCCACAAUCUCUUUACUGCAAAGCAGUAUAAACACUCCAUACAGAGGGGCAGCUGUGCCACUAUUCUAGUAAUGUUACUGCAAAGUUGCAAAGUAGUUAUUUACAGCUGUGAGAUCAUUCCACUAUAAAGUGUGAGGAUACAUACAAUAUUACAAAGUGUUAGGAUAAAAACUGAUGUUUGAAAAAGUUAAAAAAAAAUUCUAUUAUUCAAGUGGAUGUGCUUCAAUAUCUGCCACCGUAUUGUUUUUAAGUCUCUCAGGAAAUUCUAAGCUGUCAUAUGGUAGGGAAUGAUAUCUCCUGCGUUUUGCAAGAAAUGUGCACUUGCAUCCAUUUUAUUAGCAUUUCAGAAUACCAAAGUAUGCAGUUUAUUUCUGGCUCCAGUGAAUAUAUCAUUGGCGUUUUGCAGCCUGAUUGAGGAAAAGUACAUUUUUUAUUCCUUCAAGUCUGAUAAAUUAGACAUGAUAAAAUAAUCUAAUGAACUUCCCAUUCUGCAGAAAAGGUUAAAAACACAACAAUUGUUUUAAGUUUUGCCUCUUAAAAAUUGUUGCUGAUUUACAAAAGACAGAUUCAAGCUUGACUGUAUUACUUAGGAUAUUGGAGAAACAUGAUAUUAACUUUGUUUGAAUUUUGUGUGCUUAAUCUCCUAAUAAUUGAGCUAAAAGUGUUUUGUUGCUGAUUUUAAUUUUUACUCCUCAUCUGAUGCUUUUCGUUUCAGUGUCAAAUAAUUGUCAGCCAGUACCGGUGUACUGCACUUGCCCUGAUGACCAUUUUUCUAUCGCUGCAAUGUUCUGGUGAAACCUUUCAUCAUAUUAGUCACUGACUGCACCAAGAUUAGCAGGGACAUGUUGCACUUGGUGGUUUUGUACACUUCAAAAAUGUUGUUAACAGCUGCAAGAAGAUUGGUGCUUUGUAGUUGCAAAGAAAUUUCUCAACAAUGUACUUGAAUGCCUUCCAUGCCAUUUCCCCCAGUCCCACUAGCUGGCUAAUCUUGUCAUCAGUUAUUCAUGAUAACAUCUGUCCCAAAUAUCGAAUUCACCUUCUUUAUUCAUUUCUUCACAAAAUGUUUCAUCAGUCCAGGUUUUAUACGAAAAGGAGGCAAAAAUGUCUUUGUUAGGUAGACAAGUGGCUUAUGCGCCACACUUUUUUGCCCUGGAGCAGUCAGUUCUUUUGAAUAUCAUGAGACUCUUUAACACGCUUGUCCCUUUUGCCAUACUUGGUAUAUCCAAGCUGCUUUCUUAGUAGCAGGGCCACUGCUUUUAGAUCACACAGAUGUUAAAGUUGUAGUUGUAAUGUAUAUGUAUACUUAAGAAGGGAAAUUACAAAAAUAGAAGAUUGCAAAAAAAGAUACAUGAUAGGAAAAUUAGUAGGUGAAUUAGGUAAUGAGAAGGCCAAAAUCCGUAAGAUACACCUGAAAGUGUUCAGCAAGCAAAAUGCUGUCAAGUUAAAACUGAGCCUGUGAGGUUUGAGACAUUCAAUAUUCAUGUACAUAACUUCAAAUGUCUUAAGUUUGUUUCCUCACAGCUUUUCACUUUAUUUACUAACAUUAAAUUACCAAUGAAUUACUAUAAAUGUUUAAACUUCUAAAUAGUUUGAAGUCAUUUUAGUAUAUUUGUGUAGCCUCCACAUUCUUCCAGGGUUUACUUUUGGAGUUUCUUUGUAAGACUGAACGUUUCAUUUACAUUCCAGCACAAGUUGUUCAGUUGCUUUGCCUGGAAUAGGGAAGGAAUGGGUUAUAUAAAAACAUGAUGGACUUAAGUCUCCACUUUGGAUUGUUUCUGGUAUUACCAUCUCUGCUGAAAAAAGUUCAUUUUGGUUUCCAAUAAUCUCCAGUAAUCUCAAACUGGUGACAUCAGUUUCAGAAACACAUGGAUGAAUCAAUUUUGUGUAAAUGCACUCAAUCAUUUCUUUUGGAUCAUACACAAAUUAUGGAGCUAGUAAUUUUUUAUUUAUCCCAAAGAUGCACUCACUAUUGUGAUGGACCAACAUUAAUAAGUCGCAUUGUCCGAUUUAAGAUCUUGAAGAAUUUCAGUUUUGUACUCAUUGCAUUGUGAAGGUGGCAGCUUAAAUUUCAUACAUAUGAUUUUCAAAAAAUGCCAGGACUCUGUCUGCCAGUCAUUAAUCCAUCCCAAUUACUUAACCAGCUUACUACAUUUGAUGCUUAUGGAUUGCAUGUGUGUUCCGUGUGACAGUUAGCCCCACAGAAGCAAUUUUUUGAACUUUCUUAGUUGAACUUGAAGAUGUGGACAGUCAAUUGUAGAUCUCGCACCUUGAUCACCCCUUCCAUCUUUUAUUCACUUUAUAUGAGCGGUAAUUAAAAAAUGCAUACACCUAAGGCUAAGGUGUGGCCUUGAGCCAUAGUGGGUAAUACAAGGAGGAGAUGAGGAGCUCAGUAUACAAGCAAACUCUACAAAGUACUGCCCUGCCAGUUGCUAUUUGUUCUCAGGAGGGGAAAGCAGGAAAGUGCUGGUCACAACCUGCUCCCAUUUCAAACAGAACUUGCCAUGAACUGUGUCUUGUUUCGAAAAAGAUGUUGAUCUUCUUUGUGAAAGUGUAUGGAAUGUAGAGGUGAAGUAAUAUCAACAAUUUCUAUACACACACAUAUUACAUAUAUAUAUAUAUAUAUAUGCAACAUAGUGACCAAGUCCCCUACAACAGAUCAGAUGUGUGCUUGUAUGACAAAGGUAGAGUUUCUCAAAUUCAUGUUUAACUUUGGCUGUGUCUUCUACCAGUAAAGUAUUCCCUACACUUGCAUGCUGACUUCUUGAGUGGCCAUGCUUUUUGUUGGUCAGUUGCCUCCCCAAAAUUCACUGCCACUAUAAAGACUUCUGUUGCCUCUGGCUGCCACCCCAUUAGGUGAUAAUCUGUAACUGUAUAUUUUAAUAAAAUAAAAAGGCUAAUUUCC